AUUAUAAUGAAAAAGAACUAAGAAGAAGAACGGUCACCAGAACACUAAGGAAGUUUUACAGAAGGAUUAAGAGUAUCGUCGACAUCAUUUAAACGAGCCAAGUGUGUUUGAUAUGGCAGACUUACCAUUGUAUUUAACUAAUAUUAACGUUUCCUUGGGACAAACCAUGGAACAUGAUAAGAGUCCAGUCGAGGAGGCCACAGGCUUUGAGAGAGUGGAGAUGGGUGACUCAGUGGAGAGGCAGGGAAAGAUCAAGGUUCCCCGCAGGACUAUCUAUUUUGCAAGUGGUGAGACCAUGGAGGAAUACAGUACUGAUGAGGAGGAGGAAGAGGAGCCCGUGAAGAAAGAGGUUGUUACUGUGGAUACGUCUAAACUGACCUGGGGACCAUACUUUUGGUUCCACCUGUGGAGAAUGACCACCUCUACUAUCUCAGUGUGUGACUAUAUGGGAGAAAGACUUGCUUCUAUGUUUGGCAUUACUACUCCAAAGUACCAGUACGCUAUUGAUGAGUAUUACCGUAUGAAAAAGGAGGAGGAGGAGGAAGAGGAGGAGAACCGUCUGGCUGAUGAGGCGGAGCUUCAAUUUGCAGGGCAGCAGCAGAAAAAGAGCGACAAGCACGAUUGUGCUCCUCCUCCCGCUGUUGAACAGCCUGUACCACGCACUACUUUUGUAAACGUCUCCUUUGAGCACGAGCCUGAAGCGCCUCUAAAUGCUAUUAACAACGACAUAGUGCCUUGUCCUCUCCCAUCCUGAGAACCCUCCGACAUAAAACCUAUAACAAAAUCACAUAUUUCUAGUAACUGGAAUGAACGCUUAAUAUACUUACUUGUAAAGUUUAAUAAUAAUAUUUUUCUAUGCUUCUAUUUUGUAUCUUAUACGUGUCUGGAUCUGACCCUUUUUAUAUACAGGGUUUAUCACUAUUCUAUUUAUGAAUAUUAAUAUGGAUCUUCACCUAAGGUAUGAUAUCCAAGGUAACUUAUUUUCAUUUGAAAUAAUAUACAGGUUCGAAUGUCUUUAACUAGUUUUCAUUUAUUAAACCCUUGAAUGACUUUACUAUUAUUGACAUUUUAGCCAUUCACAGUCUUGUUUUUGCUGUCAUAAUUGUACCAUUCAAUGACACGACAAAAUCCAUUGUCAUUUUCAAUGGCAAAGUUCUGACUUCAACAAAGCAAGAAAACAAAUUGUGGUAAUCAGUACAUUUCAUUUUUAGAUCAAGCAAAUAAAAAAAAAUGGCAUCACUCAAUUCUGAGAAAAGAAUUGUGGAAUCAUGACAAACAAACAAAAAACGCAAGUACCAGUUCAUUUCAAUAUACCUGGUGCAACAGCUCUCUAAAGGGUGAACACUCAUUUUUAACUGCAGACCAAUUAAUUUAUUUAAUCUGCCUAUUAAUCUGAUUCAGGUGUUGGUUUAGGAAAUGAAAAUGAAAAAGGAUGAUUACAUAAAUCUUUCCUUAAAAUUGAGUGACUCCCCAUUUUUUUUCACUCUCAUUCAUCUAAAGAUGAAAUGUGUAACUACCAAAAUGUAUUUUCUUGAUUUAUUGCUGUUUUUUUUAAAUCCAGAAAGUUGCUAUUUGAAAUGACUAUAGCUUUGUGUCAAGUUUGUUUUUUUCAGAAAAUUUCCAGGGGCUGUAUUCUGCUCACUUUUGUUCUCCACCUGCCAUUCAUAUGAGAACUUCAAUUAUUGUGCAGCUUCUCCCAUAUAAUGAAUUUAUACCAGACUGGUUUCAGAUGAUAUUCUGAUCAUUUCUAUUGUACUGUAUGCAAUAUGUAAAUAUACUUAAGAGGAUUCUCCGGGCAGUCAAGUCUGAUGAAGACCAUAUUUAUGAAUUUUGUCAUUUUAUACUAAUUUAAUAAAAGUUUAUUUCUUUUCCA